CAUGCACUUUCUAAAAACAUAUGAGGUUCAGAAAGUGUGAGUUGUUUAUGAAGAAACAUUAGUAGAAUUAAAAGGUCGAGAGUACCGCAGCUGUUACGUCAUGUGUCUCGCGAAGCUACAAUACUUUCACUUUCAUUUAUCAGGAAUAAGAAGAAGCAGCGUUUAAAGUGUAGAGUCAGGAUAAGGAAGAAGACGGUCAAAAUGUCAGAUAAUGAACCAGAGGCCAUGGAAGGUCAAAACAGUGACGGAAGUCCUAUCCAAUACACUCAACCACCAACACCUACUGAUACGUCCACUAAGUAUGGGAAGCAUAACAGGGAAGGUGAUAAUAUCCAGCAAACUCCACCACCAACACCUACUGAUAUUUCCGCUAAGGACAAAGAUGCCGUUCAAGCCAUUCUCUCAAUUAAGUGGUCAGAAGAUGAAAAUGUUCCACUGUCCAAAUGUGAGAUGGUUUUUCAGACUUGGUCCAACACCAACCAUCUCAAUGCAGAUUGCAAAGUUUUUAAAGGCUCAGAAGAUGAUACAGUUCAACUAUGUCUUACACCACUUUCAGGCAACAAAGCCAUUCUUGAGAAUGAGCUUCUACGUCUUGCAGGACAAACCCUCCAGGGGAAAGAAGGGAAAACAGUCAACAUAUUGACUGUUACUUUGACACGGCUACAGCUUGAGACACAAAAACCAGAGGCAUCAAUGAACCUUCCUCAUUCGCCAGAUGUAGACGGGGGACUGGAGGAGAAGAGCAGUUCAGUUUCAAAAGAAGAAGAGAAGGAAAAGGAGGCAACAUGCACUCUCUCAGUGGGCCCUUUCUGGUAUGUGAGCCACAUCUUCAAGAAGGAAAUUGAACGUAUAGAGAAAGAGAAUGGUGUUAAAAUCUCAGCAGACGUAAAAAUUACGUUUCCAGCGGACAAGAAAGAUGCGAGCCCAAAAAAAGCUCUCUCUGCGUUUACAAGCCUCGUCCAGGAUCGCUUAAUCAUAGAAAGCUUAAAUAUUCCUCUUAAGAAUGUAGAUCCAGAAGAGUGGAAGGAAGUGAUGAAUAUCACCCAGAGAAAGGGGAGCAGACUUUUACUCACUCUAACGCCUGAAGAAAUGACCUCAUGGGGGCCAAGUCAAAGUCAAGAUGACAUCAAAAGGUUAAAUAUCAGCACUUCUGUUGUACAGUCUGCAGAGGUGCCUCAAGACACAUCACCGACCAUUGGCAUGAGCAUCAAAGACCCUCUGGUCAAUGGUGGGCUAGCCAUGGAGGAGAUCUACUGGAAGCUGAUGACUACCUCCUUCAUAGAGCAAGUAGCUAAGAUCAAAGCUAAGUUUGGUGUAGAUUUUAAAGAAUCAGGCAUCAGUCAAGGCAAAGUACAAGUCAAAGUUUGCUACAAAAGAUCUGUAGAUAAUGCGUCAAUGGAGAGCCACGCUCUCAGAGCACUUCUUCAUCUGUACCAGAAGAUUGCCACAUCACCCCCGAGCUUCAUCCGUUUCCCUGGUGGUGGGUUUAGUGGUUCACCAAAAAACCUGAGCAAUGUUGUUCUGUCAGAGGGAGCCUCUGGUGGACCUGUGUUGAAUGGAGCAUCCGGAAACAACACUGAAGCACCCACAGGAAGGGGAGCAACUGCAAGAGAUAAUGAAGAGGACCGCUGUGCUAUAUGCUUGGAUACAUUUAAAAAUAAGAAACAGCUUAAGUGUAAGCAUGGGUUUUGUGAGGCUUGCCUGGAAGCCUCCAGAAAGAGCAUAGGACCCACCUGUCCUAUUUGCAAAGAUGUAUUUGGGUUAAUGGAGGGAGACCAGCCCGAUGGGAAAAUGACAACGGAUAAGUUGCAUUCAUCCCUCCCUGGAUUCAAACACUGCAGCACUAUCAUCAUCAACUAUGAUAUUUCAGCUGGAACACAAACGGAAAAGCAUCCAAAUCCUGGAAAGCGCUUUUCUUCUUGUCACAGAACAGCCUAUUUGCCAGACAACCACGAGGGCAGAGAAGUGCUGCACCUGUUGAAGAAAGCAUUUGCCCAGAAACUAAUUUUCACAGUUGGGACGUCCAGAACAACUGGGUUGGAUGGCCAGGUGACCUGGAACGACAUUCACCACAAGACCAACAUGUCAGGAGGACCACAAAAUUUUGGGUAUCCUGACCCUCACUACCUGGGCAGAGUCAAAGAUGAGCUGAAGGCUAAAGGCAUCGAGUGAAGACUACCAUACGAAGUUACUGAGGAGGGGUCUUUUCUCACAAAAAAAUAACUAUAUAAAACAAUCAUUACUUUAAUGCUCGUACUUGUGUAUUGCAUACAGUCUUUUCUUCUCUUGUAAUUUUUUUUAAUGAUCAGUCAGGGUUGCUUUGAGUUUAUAGUUUAUCACCAUGUAUCUUCAAAUAUAAAGUAUGACUUUCUUUGAUGAAGGAUAUCUUCAGUUUUGGUUUUCUGAUUAAGUUUGAUUUGGAAGAGUAUAAGAAUGACAUUGACAUAAAUAAACUAAACUAUGUCUACAGUACAUAUAAACUGAUUUACCAUUGUCCGAAUAAAUGAUUAAACCAACCCA